CAUAGGAAUCAAAUAACACAUCAUUUUUCAACAAAUGGAAAACUUUAAUCAAAUGGCAAACAAAUCGGCUCUUGAUCUUUCUUGUGAUGAUUUUUACUUCUCAUUACUUUUUGACGAAAUCCAAAACGACGAAAACUUCACAAUAUCAGAUGACAAGUACGCUGAAGAACUCCAAAAUCAAGAAGUAAUAAUGACUUCAACAAUUUUCAAUCAAAACUCAACCAAUUCCCCUGCACCAACAAUUUUCAUUCAAAACUCAACCAAUUCCCCUGCAUCAUCAUGUGUAAUUGCAAAUGAACGGGUAAUAGGCGAAUCGUCGUUAAGUUUCUGUGAAAUUUGUGCAGAGAGAAAAGAAACUGAUGAAAUGUUCACAAUAGAGACCUGCAACCAUGUUUAUUGUACUGAUUGCAUUUGCAAACAUGUAGAGACCAAAAUCCAGGACAACGUUCAAGUUGUGACGUGUCCAGGUGUGGCUUGCAACGGAAUUCUUGAUUUCGUAACAUGUAGUUCAAUUAUUCCUAAAGAUGUACGUAAUAGGUGGGAUGAAAUUUUGUGCGAAUCGCUUAUUCUUGGCUCUCAGAAAUUCUACUGUCCGUAUAAAGAUUGUUCGGCCUUGCUAGUGAACGAUUCGGACGAAAUUGUUAGGGAAUCGGAGUGUCCUGAAUGCCAUAGAUUGUUCUGUGCACAAUGUUAUGUCCCGUGGCAUUGUGGGGUUGAAUGUGAAGAGAUUCAGAGAUUGAAUGCUGAUGAAAGGGGAAGAGAGGAUUUAAUGGUGAGGGAAUUAGCAAAGGCAAAACAGUGGGGUAGAUGCCCUCAUUGCAAAUUUUUCGUGGAAAAAACAGAAGGAUGUUUGCACAUGACUUGCAGGUGCGGAUCACAAUUUUGCUAUAGAUGUGGAGUGACUUGGGGAGCAGAUCAUGCUUGCUAAUACAAUUAUAGUUUCUAAAGGACUUAGUUAGCAAGUUCAUGUUUUAGAUCUUCAGAUGUUAUGAGUUGCAUUUUAUGUCAGAUCUGUUUGGUUCUAUAUUAUUAGUGUGGGGAAGUGUCGGAUUGCAGUUUUUUAUUAUCAAAGGGAAAGUGUCUGACGUGCUGUUUAUGA